AUGGCGUACUAUGCCAUGAGAAUGAUGGAGAUGUGGCUGAACUCAAAUAUGCCACAUGAUGCUAUUGAGUUAGCCGGCCGCAUUGUUUACCGAGCAGAUCGCAACAUCAACUCUGGCCAUGUCAUCUCUUAUAAGGACGUUUCCACAGACCCAGCCAAGGUUGAGGUGGUAGCCAACUGGAAGCCCCCCUCUCUACUGUCUCUGAGCUACGGUGCUUCCUGGGGUUUGCCAGCUACUACUACUACUAGCUACUGUCGCUUUGUGGACGGGUUCACCAAGUUGGCCACUCCACUGCACACGCUGGUAGCAGAGGGUGACUAUGUCAUUGGUGGGAUUUUCCCCCUUCAUUUUAAUCUGAAAAAGCCAGACCUUAACAGCACCUACAGACCACCACCAAUAGAUUGCAAUGGCCACAGACUUUAUCCCAGGGCUUUCCGGUGGGCUCAGACUAUGAGACUGGCAGUGGAGGAGAUAAACCAGAAUCCUGUGCUGUUGCCGAAUCACACUCUGGGCUACACAAUCUUUGAUUCAUGUGGAUAUCCACUGACAGGACAGAGAGCUGUUUUAUCAAUGCUGAAUGGGGUGAGUGAGGAAAACUCUUCUAUGUGCACAAAUGCCUCGUCACUCCUCGCUGUGAUUGGGGCUUCUGGAUCUGCUCAAUCUAUUGUUUUGUCAAGAAUCCUGCAGCCAUUCAGGAUCCCCAUGAUCAGCUACUCUUCUUCAUGUACAUGUUUGUCAGACAGACAAAAAUAUCCAACCUUCUUCAGAGUAAUUCCUAGUGAUGACUUCCAGGUGAAAGCCAUUGCACGGAUGCUAGUACACUUUAACUGGACUUGGGUGGGGCUGCUGCGAGGAGACAAUGAUUAUGGCCGCUUUGCUGCAAAAGGUUUACUGAAAGAAUUACAGGAAACCAAAGUAUGUGUAGCGUACCAAGAAAUGAUUCCUCUGCCCUACACUCACCAGGGGGGACUACGGAUAAUGAAGGUGAUGCAUAGCUCUACUGCAAAAGUGGUGGUGGUAUUUGCAGGCGAGGGGGAGAUGACAACUUUCUUGAGAGACUACAUGACUCAGAACAUCACUGGAAUACAGUGGGUGGGGAGUGAAGCCUUUAUCUCAGUAUCAGCCUUUUCAGAGAGAGAGUAUUACCCAUACUUGGGAGGAACCAUUGGUUUUGGCACCAGAAAAGGUCAUAUCUCCAGACUGGGUGACUUCCUGCAGACAGUAAACCCUAAGAGAUAUCCUGACAAUGUCCUGGUGCCAGUAUCUGUGUGCAGUGCCAGUUGUCUUCCAGGCUUCCGGAAGGCUGUCCGUCGUGGGGAGCCUAUCUGCUGCUUUGACUGUAUACCAUGUGACAGUGGCAAAAUUAGCAAUCAGACAAACUCAGUAGAUUGUACAAUUUGUCCUGAGGACUUCUGGUCAAACAAUGACAGAAUAGCCUGCAUCUCCAAGAAAGUGGAGUACUUGACCUUCGAUUCAUUGGGAAUAGCCCUGACAGUGAUGUCUGUGGUGGGCGCCUGCUUCACUCUGGCUGUCUGUGGAGUCUUCUUCUGUCACAGACACACAGCCAUCGUCCGUGUGAAUAACUCUGAGCUCAGUUUCUUCAUACUGUUUGCACUGACUCUGUGUUUCUUGUGUUGUCUGCUUUUCAUUGGAAAGCCAACAUAUUGGUCCUGCAUAAUGCGCCACACUGCCUUUAGCAUCACAUUUUCACUGUGUAUUUCCUGCAUCCUGGGGAAGACCCUGGUGGUACUGGCUGCAUUCACUGCCACCAGACCAGGGCACAACAUCAUGAAGUGGCUAGGGCCUAAGCAGCAGAGGACCAUCAUCUCCAGCUGCACUCUGGUUCAGGUGGUUAUCUGUGCUGCCUGGCUUAUUGCUGUUCCCCCGUUUCCAUCCAGGAAUACACAAUAUGAACAUUCUAAGAUCAUACUGGAGUGUAGUGUGGGCUCCAGCCUGGCAUUCUGGUGCGUUCUUGGAUAUAUUGGUCUACAGGCCUGUCUGUGCUUUGUAUUGGCUUUUCUGGCCCGAAAGUUGCCGGGAAAGUUCAACGAGGCCAAGUUCAUCACAUUCAGCAUGCUGAUAUUCUGUGCUGUGUGGCUAGCAUUCAUCCCUGCUUAUAUCAGCUCCCCUGGAAAUUAUGCAGAUGCUGUUGAGUCAUUUGCCAUCUUGGCCUCCAGCUUUGGCUUAUUGUUCUGCCUGUUUGCUCCAAAGAGUUACAUUAUUUUACUGAAGCCUGAAAAGAAUACAAAACAGCACCUGAUGGGGAAAGAAAAGAAAUGAUGAAUCACAAAUUAACCCAAAGGUUUUGAGUCAGUAGCAAAUGGAUUUGUAGAUUUAUUUCAGUGACUUAUGGAUAACUAACCAUUA